CUCUCUUUCGCCACAAAGUUCAUUUCACUUCUUCGAAGGAUCGCGAUUUCCCUGCUACAACUGCUCGGAGAGGGAGAUGGCCCCUAUAAAUUCCCGGAAAAUCUGAACAAUCCCAGGAAUUUCACGCCUGAAAAUCGGAUUCCGGCCGCCGUUCCAGCCCGUAGAAUUUCCCCCAUCAAAGAGAGAAAGGAGUCAUCAAUUUGUGUAUUUAUCGGCAUUGAAGCUCUGAGAUGGCAGAGAAGGCAUGUAUCAAGCGUCUUCAGAAGGAAUAUAGAGCGCUCUGCAAAGAACCUGUUUCCAAUGUUGUAGCACGUCCUUCCCCAAAUGAUAUUCUCGAAUGGCAUUACGUGUUGGAGGGGAGCUCGGGAACCCCCUUUGUAGGUGGAUACUAUUAUGGCAAGAUCAAAUUUCCUCCAGAGUACCCAUAUAAGCCUCCGGGGAUCACCAUGAUCACUCCCAAUGGGCGUUUUAUGACUCAAAAGAAAAUAUGUCUAUCAAUGAGUGAUUUUCACCCAGAAAGUUGGAACCCGAUGUGGUCUGUUUCAAGCAUACUCACUGGGCUUCUUUCAUUUAUGAUGGACAAUAGUCCUACAACUGGCAGUGUGAACACCACAGCUGAAGAGAAGCAACGUCUGGCAAAAUCAUCUCUUGCUUUCAAUUGUAAGAACCAAACCUUCAGGAAGAUAUUCCCUGAAUAUGUUGAGAAAUAUAACCAGCAGCAGCAGCUCUCUGAGCAACAUCUCUCAAAGCAGGUCGUACCUGAGCGCCCUAAAGAUGAUAAUGCUGGGGCGGAUAAAGAUGGCAACACAACGGGAACACAAGCGAAGAACUUGAAUACCCCAAAGGACAUGAGAAGAAACAGGAAGCAAUCAUUCCCCACCUGGAUGAUGUUGUUGCUGAUUUCCAUUUUUGGUCUAGUCAUGGCGCUGCCCCUGCUUCAACUCUGAUCUCCCUAUCUCUUUGGUAUAAUCAGACCUAGAAAGGGACAGCUGCUGCUUUAGUUUUGUCGUGUAGCUAAGCCUAACCUGUGUAUUGUAUAGGGUUCUCUAUUCUGAAAGGGUUUGGUUGCUUAAAUGAUGCUUUUGCCUUCUCUUGUAUCUCUCUCACAUAAGUCGAUCUUAUGAGACAAUACAUUUUGUGAUAUGUGAUUUGAGAUGAGUUGGAGCUUCUCUUGUAAA